GCCGCGGGCGUGGGGCGGGGCACGGUCGGCUCGGGCCGUGGCAACAUGGCGGCGGCGGCGGCGGAGGCCGGGGCAGGCCCGCUUCGCGUGGGCUUCGUCGGCGCGGGACGUAUGGCGGAGGCCAUCGCGCAGGGCUUCAUCCGCGCAGGGAAAGUGGAAGCUCGGCACAUCCUGGCCAGCGCACCAACCGACAGGAACCUCUGCCACUUCCAGGCUCUGGGCUGCCAGACCACCCACUCCAACCAGGAGGUUCUGCAGAACUGCUUGCUGGUCUUCUUUGCUACCAAGCCCCAUGUCCUGCCCACUGUCCUGGCAGAGGUGGCCCCUCUGGUAACGGCUGAGCACAUCUUGGUGUCUGUGGCUGCCGGGGUCUCUCUGAGCACCUUGGAAGAGCUGCUGCCCCCGACGGCACGGGUGUUGCGGGUCUCACCCAACCUGCCCUGCAUGGUUCAGGAAGGGGCCAUGGUGAUGGCCCGGGGCCGCCACGCUGGAAGCAGUGAGGCCAAGCUCCUGCAGGCCCUGCUGGAGGCCUGCGGGCAGUGCGAGGAGGUGCCUGAGGCCCAUGUGGACAUCCACACGGGCCUCAGUGGCAGCGGUGUCGCCUUCGUGUGUGCCUUCUCAGAGGCCCUGGCCGAGGGUGCCAUCAAGAUGGGUAUGCCCGGCGGCCUGGCCCACCGCAUCGCCGCUCAGACCCUGCUGGGGACAGCCAAGAUGUUGCAGCAGAACGGGCAGCACCCAGCUCAGCUGCGGACAGACGUGUGCACGCCAGGCGGCACCACCAUCUACGGGCUCCACGCCCUGGAGCAGGGUGGGCUGCGGGCCGCCGCCAUGAGCGCCGUGGAGGCCGCCACCUGUCGGGCCAGGGAGCUCAGCGGGAAGUAGGGCACAGGUUGAUCUGCCACGCGUGGGGCAGCGACAGGUCAGCUACAGGGAGCUAGGCCUUGACCUUGCCAGCCCCUGAGAAGACCCUGGGGCUGAGGAGAAGCCACACCAGGUCCUUCCCUGGGGGAGCCCCACAAACAGAGCCCUGGGUAGGUCUGCCACAGGGCCGGUCCCCAGCAGGCCAGGGGAGGUCCUAGGGGAUGUGCCCAGCCUGCUGCAGAGCGACGACUUGGCUUCAGCUGCGUGUGGGCCCCCUCCUCCCGCUAAGCUCCUGGCAGGUGGCAGGCACAGCUGACCCUGACAGCCGAUCCCUGGGUCAUCCCCGAGGGUCACCUGGCCUCCGACUGAAGGAUGUGGCUCUUCGGCACACCCCACAUGGAGCACCCAGCGGGGAAAGCCGGGAACUCUGGUCUCAAACCAAGGCCCUGGGGCCUUUGGGUGGACGGUGGGCUGCCUGCCGCUGUCCCCCCACGCUACCCCCGUGGCUCCUGGAGCUCCCCCUCCCCACCGAGGCCCUGGAGUGCCGGAGCUCCCCUCGCUCCCACCUGCCAGGCUGCCGGUGCCAGGCCCCCACGAGGUGGGAGUAGGCCACCUCUGGUUUGCAGCCAGUCGGUCCCAUCGGGUGGCGGCUGGGGACACCCUGCGGCAGUGCUCCCCUGCUCCCGCCCUCCGUCCCCAGCCUCCAGCUUGGCCUCCCACGCACGUCCCCAGACCACUUCUGCACCUGGCCGACCUGGGAGGUGGGAAUAAAGGCGCUGUCCAAUCGCUCUGAGUAACCGAUCUUUAGGCUGAGAAAGCAGAGUCCAGGGGCCUGGAGGUUAUGAGGUGUUCAAGAUCUAAGCAUUGCGCCAGAAGUUACAAAAUUAAGACUUCAGAACUACCUACUUGGCUGAGGGUAAAGCGCACGGAACUUGAUCCUCAGGGUCAUGAGCUCAGAGUCAUUUGACGGAGAGAUUGUUUAAAUAAGUAAAACGGGGUGCUUGGGUGGCUCAGUUGGAGACGUGUCUGCCUUCGACUCAGGUCGUGACCUUGGGGUCCCGGGCUCGAGUCCCGUGUUGGCCUCCCUGCUCAGCGGGGAGUCUGCUUCUCCCGCUGACCUCUCCUCUCAUGCGCUCUCUCUCGCAAAUAAAUAAAAUCUUUAAAAAAUAAAGUAAUUAAAACAGA